UGCAAACAAAGAGGGACGAAGGAAGUACUUGGUAAAUAAAUAAAAAGCAUUUAAAAAUAUAAAAAUUAGAUUGGCAUACACGUCUCUGAAUUUUUGAUCCGUUCGUCAUAAGUGAGAGUCACCACUAACACUAAUUAGGGUUUCGAACUUCGGCGGUCGACGUACGGCGGGAAGUGGCGGCGCUGCACGAGGUCUUCAAUUCGCUCGACAAUAUUAGUUACUCCACUCUUGUGCAGAUCAGAAUGUCUUCUGGAAGCUUUAGUGAGGGUUCUUCAUCAUUGCUGUUGUCAUCGAGGCGGGUGGCAAAUACAGUGUUCUUGUUCAUGACUCAUAGUCCAUCAGAUCGUAUCGCUCACACCUUCUUCUGCUGUGAAAUCCCUACCAACUUGCCUAAUGAUGAAGUCGACUUCAAAGAUGAUUUAGAAGCGGAGAGGCUAAAGCCAAUAUUGGAGUUUCCCUCCAGUGAAUUCCCAAAUUUUAUGACGUGUACGCAGCUUGGGUCCUGUUUUUAUUUUCUGGGUGGGCGGCUCCUUCAGAUGGGUACCAAUGUUGAACAGAUAUAUCCUUCUAAUGUCUAUAUGUUUGAUGCGACUACAAUCACAAAUACUACUUCUACUCAUCCUACCCCAUUAGAGUGCGGGAUGAGGAGUGGGAAGCCUCGUGCUUGCACGUUUGUUGCAGAUGGAAAGCUUUACGUUUUGUGUGCUUUCCAAAAUAUCAUUGGCCUGGAUGUAGACUAUAAAUCCAUACAAUUAUUUGAGGUCUAUAAUCCUGAAACGGGCAAGUGGCGGAAUCUGAAGGAUCCUCCCGUGGAAAAACCACUACACUGGCGUAUCCCCUCGUUUGAAAGAGUGUCUGAGUCUGGAGACAGCCCUUACUAUCCCUACACCCGCAAGGUGGCUUUGAUUGGUCGACCAGCAGACUCUCGCUGUACGAUUGUGCUCGAGUUCAAUCUGGACACUGAAGAAUGCACUCCAAUGAGGCGGAUGAUUCCGUAUCUGCCUUUAGGUUUGAUAAUGGGUGACACAGUGUACCAUCUUGGCGUCAGAGGAAUAAAGUAUUAUCAACCUAAAAAGACGAAGAUUUUACCAAAUCAUCCAUGGAUGAUGGGGGAGGAGUUGUUUACUUUGCCAGGAGACCCUUGUUUUUGUGGGUUGCAGAAUGCUUUUUGCCACCUUGGAGACAUGCAUUUCUGCUAUGUGAGUACUGAGCUUGUUGGCCGCCGAUGUUAUGGGGGUACUCACCUUUUUAUCCGAAUGGGUGUUAUUAGAGUUGUACAAGAGCAGGAUUCAUCCAGGUCUGAGUUGCUAUAUUCUGCCAAAUUUGAUUACGAAGUUGAAUUUUCCUGGUUCAAUAAUAGGUUUCCCUUCAUUGACUGCUAUGGGCUCUACCUUGACAAGGAGAGCUAAACCAGAUGUUACCCACGCUUGCCCUCCCUGAAAUCAUGGAUCUGGUGUUCUUAUGUUGCCUUGGUUUUCGAGUUAUGUUUUACCUUUGCCUAGAUAUACAAGUUACGUAUCUUCAAUGGUUUUUAAAUGUAUUUUACUUUUGAUUAUGAGACAAUUUGCAUAUGAAAAUGUUUAUCUUUUGGUUUUAGUUGUUUCA